GAAAGGCAGUCAGUGGAGAGAGCUGGAAAAUGCAUCAGAUUUACAGCUGCAGCGAUGAAAAUUUAGAAGUUUUCACCACUGUGAUUUCAUCCAAAUCGUGUAGUCCUGCCCGAAGAAGAGCCACAGCGCCGCAGCACACCCUAACAAAGAGUGUGAUAGCAGUAGCUGAUUGCCGGCCCCACAGGACAGAAAAGCCGCAGCCCCACCAUGGCGAUCUCCUCCAGGUGCUGUACAGAGAUGAUGAGGUGUGGGGCUUGGGCCACCUGCCGAGUGGGCAGCAGGCACCCUGCCCUGCCAAAUGCACUGCCAAGCACAUGGGAAUUCCUCAACAAGAGUCAUCCAAGUCCUGCAGUCACCAGUCAGAUAGAAAAUCUUUGCAGUUUCCAGCGUCGUCUGUUACCCAUAUCACAGCGAAACAGGCAGCUGUCGCAGAAUCACCCACAGAUGACAGCACUUUUACGGAAGAUCAUAAACAGCACUUGAGGAAGACCACAGAAUACGACCUGACCCUACCACCAGGAGCAGAAGCUUCUUUACCUCUGACAGGAGGCAACCUGUGUGGGACGCCCAGCCUCCUGAGGAAGAUGUUGAUGAAGCACAAAAAGAAGUCAGAGUAUCUGGGAGCAACAAACAGUGCCUUUGAGGCAGACUGAUAAGUCUCAGCAUCACUUGGAAAGACAGAAAUUCCUUUAGCCAGAACAAGAUGCUUUAGUGUUGCUGUGGAACCGACACAGCACAGCUCAUCCAGGGAAAUGAUAUCAUUUUUAUUACUUGAUGCCAUUCUUUCAGAGAGAGGAUAACUAAAGUAAAAAAAAAAAAAGUGAAUAUGAUGUGACUCACUAGCCUUUCUUUGUUGUGACAUACUAGAAUCCCAAACAUUCCAACAGAUUGAUGUCUUGACUCAGUGAUGCUGAAACUCUUGCUGACACAUUUACCAUUUUACAUGUCCUGUCUUAAUCAGCUCAGAUUCACAAUAAGAAAAACCUACCAAGAAGUUUGCAGAAAUCUGCAAGAUAACAGAUCAAUUACAGAGUGCCAUUAAAUCUCAGGGGCUUGUUCGUUAUGUACCACUGCUUGUCCUUUUCCCCUCUCAUACCCUUUCCUCUGAAGUGUGAGUUAAAAAUUGCAUCUUAUGAUAUGCUUGGUUGACUGACAUAUGCUAAACAUGUUUUUUCUUCAGUUUUGAUGUUUCAAGACAGGAGUGAACAGAUGCAAAAAUGGUAAAAGAAUGGGUGAGUCAGAACUUAUUAAGUUUGCAAAUACACAUUUACCAAAUUUUGCUAUGUGACAGAUGAGUGGUGUUAUAAAGUGUCCUGCCAGAUCAACUGUAUAAGCAAUUGAGUAACCCAGGAGAUACUUUCUUCCACAGAACCUGCGUAUAUGUUAACUAAUAGCAUCAACUUACUAGCUACCUGUCUGGUGUAAAAUAUUUCACCAGGCACACAAGGUGCUAGGAGGAAACAGAAGCUAUGUAAAUGGUGCAACCAGACAACUCAGUGUGAGAUGGUUGUAUA